UUCUUUACUACGCAAAACAUUUCGCGGGAUUGGUGCCGGUGUCGUUGAAGAUGGCGGGGCUAGAAGUAUUUGACCUAUAGCUUAGCAGCUCAGCUAAAUUGGUGUGGAUUCUUGCUUUUGAGCAACAUUGGAACGACUACUGCGGGUGUUGUGUGGUUUUAUAUUUCGACUCCAAUUUAUACGGACAGUCAACACCGAAGACGACUCUAACGAAGAACGUACUAGUAUAGUUAGCUCGUCAACGUAGGUAGUCAAUUUUGCUAUGCCGCCAACUGGCUGUAAUUCCGGCCGGGAUCAAAUUAAAUCCCGGAUCCAGGAGCUCAUCGAUUCGAGCGAAGUGCUGGUAUUCAGCAAAAGCUCCUGUCCAUAUUGCGUUAAGGUAAAGGAUCUCUUCAGAGAGCUCAAUGUUAAGUACAAGGUGGUGGAGCUGGAUUUAAUGGAUGAUGGCUCUGGCUACCAGGACAUGCUGCUCGAAAUGACCGGGCAGAAAACCGUCCCCAAUGUCUUCAUCAACAAGACCCAUGUCGGCGGGUGUGACAAGACGAUGCAGGCCCACCAGGACGGCCUCCUGCAGCAGCUGCUGGGCGGCGGCGAGGCCUACGACUACGACCUCAUCGUGAUCGGCGGCGGCUCGGGGGGCCUGGCCUGCUCGAAGGAAGCAUCGUUGCUGGGGAAGAAAGUGAUGGUGCUGGACUACGUGGUCCCCACGCCCAAAGGAACCACCUGGGGUCUGGGGGGCACGUGUGUCAACGUGGGCUGCAUCCCCAAGAAGCUCAUGCACCAGACCGCCCUGCUGGGAACGGCGCUGCAGGACGCCCGCAGCUUCGGCUGGGAGUUCGACGAGAACGUGAAGCACAACUGGGAGACGAUGAAGACGGCGGUGAACAACUACAUCGGCUCCCUCAACUGGGGGUACAGGGUCCAGCUCCGCGAGAAGAGCGUCAACUACGUCAACUCCUUCGCCGAGUUCGUCGAGCCGCACAGAUAGGCGACAAACAAGCGAGGCAAAGAGACUUUCCACACGGCAGCCAAGUUUGUCCUGGCGACAGGGGAGCGCCCGCGCUACCUGGGCAUCCCCGGGGAUCGGGAGCUGUGCAUCACCAGCGAUGACCUGUUCUCCCUGCCCUACUGCCCCGGUAAGACCCUGGUGAUCGGCGCGUCCUACGUGGCGCUGGAGUGCGCCGGCUUCCUGGCGGGGCUGGGCCUGGACGUGACGGUCAUGGUGCGGUCCAUCCUGCUCCGCGGCUUCGACCAGGACAUGGCCAACCGCGCCGGGGAGCACAUGGAGGCGCACGGGGUCACGUUCGUCCGCAAGUUCGUCCCCACCAGCGUGGAGGAGCUGGAGAAGGGCACGCCUGGGCGGCUGAAGGUCACUGCCAAGUCCACCGAGUCGGACGAGGUCUUCGAGGGCGAGUACAACACGGUCCUUAUAGCCGUGGGCCGGGACGCCUGCACGGGGACCAUCGGCCUGGACAAAGUGGGAGUCGAAGUGAACAAGAAGAACGGGAAGAUCCCCGUGAACGACGAGGAGCAGACCAACGUGCCGCACAUCUACGCCAUCGGGGACAUCCUGCAGGGGAAGUGGGAGCUGACGCCGGUGGCCAUCCAGGCCGGCAAGCUCCUGGCCCGCAGGCUGUUCGGAGGAGCCACGCUGAAGUGCGAUUACGUGAACGUGCCCACCACCGUGUUCACGCCGCUGGAGUACGGCUGCUGCGGGCUGUCGGAGGAGAAGGCCCUGGAGAUGUACGGCCAGGACAACAUCGAGGUGUACCACAGCCUGUUCUGGCCUCUGGAGUUCACUGUGCCCGGCAGGGACAACAACCGAUGCUACGCCAAGAUCAUCUGUAACAAACUGGACAGCGACCGCGUGGUCGGGUUCCACUACCUGGGCCCCAACGCCGGUGAGGUAACGCAGGGCUACGGGGCGGCCAUGAAGUGCGGCAUGACCAAGGAGCAGCUGAGCAGCACCAUCGGCAUCCACCCCACCUGCGCCGAGAUCUACACCACGAUGGAGGUGACUAAGAGUUCGGGCGGUGACAUCACCCAGGCCGGCUGCUGAGGUUAAACCCUGCUGCUUUAACGGGCUGUCCUGUCCUGUGUAGAUCCCCCUGCCCCCUCCGCCCCUCCCUCGGGUCCGGCCCCCUUCCGAGUCUGCGCUCUAAGUGACUGAUUCUCAGGUAAAUCGAACAUCGUACGAAACGAACCCGCGGAGGAAGCGGUCAAACGAGACACAGAAGAGCUGAACGUACUGAGCGCACAUGCACUUUUGGGGCCCGGACGCAGAGAGAGAGAGAGACCGGAGACCGGGGCAGCGUGCAGGACAGCCUGUUAAACGGCGGGGUUACUCUGCUGAACUCUUUGCCCCCCCGUCCCGCUCGGAAAUGCGCCACUCUCGGCGCCGUUUGACGUCCUGGCUCGUAACCCAGCCACUGCGGUGGGCCAGGACCGAUGUCCCCCCUGAGCGGGCCGCGGGGCACACACACCACUUCGUCCAACUCCCAGUUCUACCUACCCCUCCCUCUCCCUUAUCAUGAGACACAGCUGUGGGGUUGACUAGGAUUAGAUUCAGUGUUAACGACACUCAGAAUAUUCACCUGGGGCUGUGCAGGCCCUGCCGUCGGUAGAAGUGGAAGUGCUUCUUGUUCCUUUGUUUGUUUUCUUUCCCCCCAAAGGUGUGUACAGUUUUAUUUACUCAAGAUCAGAUUAGCCAUGAGUGAACAUUCCAGACAUGCGUCUAUGUUGCUUUUGUUAUUUUGUGUGUACAAGUCAUUAAAAAUUUCCCACGCUGCAGAAGUUGUCUUUCAAUACUGCUGGCAUGUCAUCAACCUCAGAUAAUCUCAUAAGCACUUCCCUCUACCACCUUCUACCAAAGCGUUGACCAAAAGGUGUACGAGCAUAGAAACCCACAGAAAAUGUGUGACGUGUGUUGAAUGCAACUCGACAUACAGCUGAAAAGAUUAAAACUCAUUCUUUUGUUCAUUUUCCAUGCAAAUCUACCAGACUUGUGCUGCUUUCCCAAUUUCGUCAUCAUUAAAGUUUGGUUCUGUCAAUAAAAUACUGAGAAUAGUAUGAAUGUGUCUUUUUAAAACAUUUUCAUUCAAAGAAAAAAAUAAUGCUUAUUUGUAUGGACCUGAUUUACUGUUGCUGUUUAUUUUCGUUUUGGGUUAUGCAUAGAGUAUGUUAUAUGUACCUGUUAUUAUAGAACUGAAUUGUAAAGAUGCUAAGUAAAUUCGCACUGUGCUCUCUUAGAGCAGUGAGCCAGUCAGAUGUAUAGAUACCAUUUUCCUGGCAUUGUUUGCAGAGCAAGUCUCUUACUGAAAUAAAAAAGCAAACCAAA